GGUUAGACCUUUUUUAAUGAUUUCCUAUUCCAGCUUUCAUUUGUAUUCUCUGUUUCAAAAUUUGGUCUGCUCUGUGUAUCUACAUAUGUCUUUGUAUCACAAGGGGAUUCUGGGCUGUAUUGCUUUUCUAGCGAGCUCGGUUUUGUCUUUUUGAUAGUAUAAGUAGAACCUGUCUGAUAAAAUUGACUUGAGUCUAGCAUUACACAAAUUAUGCUCCUGUAAAGAACCUGCAGCAGAUGCCUAUAUGGCACUCUCAUUUAUAUUUUAUGCUGCUAAAUUCUUGCUUCAUCUAUAUGCAAUAAUAAAGGUUGUUUCAAGUAUAUAUUCUUAUUGGUGUCUGUUAAUUACUCAAAUUUCUACUUCUUUGUUAAUGAUCCAGGGACAGACGGACAUUGAGCUGAAUGAAGUUGGGAGAAAACAAGCCGUCAGAGUUGCUGAGAGACUAUCAAGGGAGCCUAAUAUAUCCGCUAUAUAUUCAUCUGAUUUGAAGAGGGCUCUCAAGACAGCGGAAGCAAUAGCAUCUAGAUGUGGGCUUGAGGUUGUUACAGAUAAAGACCUGCGGGAAAGACAUGUAGGGGAUCUUCAAGGACUUGCAUUUAGCAAAUCACCCAAGGUUAACCCUAUAGCCUUUGAAGCAUUAAAGUCAGCUGGAAAUGAUCAAAAAAUUCCGGGUGGUGGUGAAAGUCGAGAUCAGUUGAAUAACAGAUACAAAUCUUCGUUGCAAAGAAUUGCUGAAAAACACCGAGGAGCGCGAGUAGUUGUAGUAACUCAUUAUACAGUCAUAAAAAAUAUGUACAAGCUAGCUAUACCUGGAGAAUCUGUUAGUGGGAUACGGAAUGCAUCCAUAAGUAUAUUUCAAUUUUCUGAAGGAGACCAGUGGUCAAUCAAAUUAUGGAAUGAUCAGAGUCAUCUGAAAGAACUAGGAUAUUAUCCAGAUGGAGGCGAUGCUUCAAGCUAGCUAGCUUAUGCUUGAUUUCCUGGUACACGAUUAUUAACUCGUGAUGAGACUUGCUGUAUCAAGGAGGAUUUCUGUACUUCUUUGUUGUUGUUUGCAAACUCUAAUAGUUGCAUUGAUAUUUGGCAUGAGUGGAGCUAAACAUUUUUAAUAAAGAGAUUCAAAUGCUGGA